AGACCACAAUUGGAAAUUCAUCUAUGUGUUUGGCGAAUAUUAAUAGGAAUUCAAACAGAGGUAAUCAUAUACCAACAGUGAGGUGAGAAAUAGCUGGUAUGAGCUCAGAGGAGGAGUCAGCGGAUCAGACACCACCCACCUACAGCCUGCUGGGCCUUCUGCUUAAGAACAGGCGUCCCACUGGAGCUGUCAACGAGGUCUGGCCCGACCUCUUCAUCGGGAAUGCGGUGACAGCUCGGGAUAAGACACUGCUACAGAAUCUGGGAAUAACACAUGUGGUGAAUGCUGCAGAUGGCCCUCAGCACAUUGAUACCGGUCCACAUUUCUACAGAGACGCCAACAUACAGUAUCAUGGAGUAGAAGCAGUAGACUGCAAAGGUUUUGACUUGAGCCCGUUCUUCUCAGAGACAGCUGAUUUCAUUUACGCAGCUCUGAGUCAGAAAGGUAAGGUGCUCGUCCACUGUGCAAGGGGAAUCAGCCGCUCAGCAGCCCUUGUUUUGGCUUUCCUCAUGAUCAAAGCGGGUCUUACCCUGGUGGAAGCUGUGAAAGUUGUCUCCAGGAGCAGAAACAUCCUCCCAAAUAUCGGAUUUCUGAACCAGCUCCGUCAGCUGGACUCAAUUUUAGCUUUGGAAAGAAAAAAAGACCUAACAAAUGCAGAUGGAGAAAGCAUCUUAAGACAUGGAGAAAGGCUAAAGGAGACUGACACGAUUUCAAGGAGCAAAGGCUCAGAUGGCCCUGUUCACUCCACUGCAUCAAGCUGGCAGAGGGAUGAAAACAAAGGUCCUCCAUGUCUCGAAAUGGCUUCAUAUAAGUCAAAGAGCGGAUCAAAGAUAAAUGUUACAAAAGCAGCAGAGGAGUCCAGCGCAACGGAAGAUUAUGUCACACCUGGGGGCUACGAGCUGGAGAAAAUCCUCAACCGUGGGAGCGUGGCUUACACUCAUGUCAACAAGGUCUGGCCUAACGUCUACAUCGGAGAUGAACAGACUGCGAAGGACAAGUUUACCCUGAAGGGGCUGGGUAUUACUCACAUUUUGAAUGCAGCAGAGGGAACGUGGAACAACGUGGACACUGGAGCGGAUUACUACAGGGACAUGGACGUUGUUUAUUAUGGCGUGGUGGCAGAAGACAUCCCAACUUUUGACCUCAGCCAGUAUUUCUUCUCUGCUGCAAAGUUCAUUAAGGAGACUCUAGAAAAUCCUCAGAAUAAACUGCUGGUGCAUUGUGUGAUGGGAAGAAGCAGAUCUGCCACUCUCUUUCUCGCCUACCUGAUGAUCUAUGAGAACAUGACAGUUGUGGACGCCAUCGAGCAUGUAAAAAGACAGAGACGGAUCAUCCCUAACUGGGGCUUCCUGAAGCAGCUGAGGGAGCUGGAUCAACAGCUCCUGGAGGGAAGAGGAGACUGAUUCUGCUCAAGUCUAAAAAAAAAAAUUUACUUCAAAAGUUAAAAGCAAAAAUCUGAAACAAGCUAGAGACAUAUUCUUACAUAAACUUUUUAAAGUAGGUUUUUCAUGUCCUUGAAUAUAACUAAGCUUCUAAAAACCAAAUCCUUGUACUGGAAUUAAAUAUUCACCAUAUGUGGCUAUGAAUUUAUUUUCACUGUUCUGGUCCAGAUAAGUUUAUUUUCUCCAAAAAAGUGGGAUCUAAGCUAUGCUUCUGAUUAAAGGAGAACAAUCAAGUACAUGGUCAAUCAUAAUUUAUUCUUAUGCUAAAAUUUACAGCAUUUUAAGUGACUGACAAAAGGAAAAAAAGUCAUAAAUACAAGAAUGUCAUUCUGUUCAAUUUGUGUGCACAUAGCCAGAUAUUUCCCCCCCUGUUCUUACCAGCAACUCUGUACAAGUACAAAGGCUACAAAAGAGCAAUAUUAACAAAAACACAAGUACAAGUUGCGUUUUACAUGCGAUCCAUUAGCUUAGUUUGGUCUAUUCACAGGCUCUAUUCUUCUACAAUUCGGUAAAAUAUAAAUCCAAUGCUUUAUAAAGAUAGAAAACAAAUCUACACAUGGAAUGAAAACGUAGCUUUAAAGGCAUUAUGUAAAAUAUCGACUUUGGACUAGAUUUAUAUCUGUAUUGUUAUUUCAUCCUUAUAAUCAUUUAGUUCUUUUAAAAUUCUGCCACCCUUCGGGACACUUUGAAAUGUUUUUGUUUUUAAGGGUACAAACACGGAGAUAUGCUUUAUUUUUUGACAGAAAUCAGUCUGUUUUAUUAAACAGAAAGCUGCCUGGAGGAGAUCUGUUACAAAAAGGCUUCAGAAUUAUACAUACAUCGCAAUAAAACCUCUCAAACCAAACAGA